AUACAGUCCAGAAGAGAACAAUGGUAAUGCACAGUCAUGCAUCCUUGCAGUUAAUGUUUAAUAUAGUCUUAGGGUCAACGGUUUUCAAAUCACACACCACCCUGCACAUAUACUGCUAAUGAGUGUUGAUGUACGUUGUGUUCUGCAAAAUGAUGGCGCUGCUGUCUAGAGUAGCCAAGUGGCUGGUGCCGAUCCUAGUGGUACUGUAUGCUGUGUUUUACUGGCAUAUGUUUGUCAAUCGGAAGUACUUCACCGACGACGUUAAGCUCAAUGGAAAGACGACCAUUGUAACAGGAGCAAACUCCGGUAUUGGCUGGUGGACAGCUCUCGACUUUGCCAAGCGAGGCGCCCGGGUCAUCCUCGCUUGUCGCAAUCUCCAGAAGGCUGAAGACGCCGCCAAGGAGAUAAAAAUGCGUACGGGCAACUCGGAGGUUGUGGUGCGCAAGCUGGAGCUAUCGAGCCUGAAGUCGGUCAGGGACUUUGCUCAACAAAUUAAGGAAGAAGAGAAAAGACUUGACAUUCUAGUUAACAAUGCAGGUCUUGCCCGUUUUCAGCAGCGAGCCGCGGCGACGGCGGAUAAUUUCGAUCUGGUCUUCGGCGUCAACCACUUCGGCCACUUCCUGCUGACCAACCUCCUCCUGGACCUGCUGAAGAAGAGCUCCCCAAGCCGGGUAGUCACCGUCUCCUCCGCCGCCCAUUAUUUCGCCCCGGAGCCCAUGAAUCUGACUCGCGAGGACCCAGCCGUGGCCAGUUUGCUGUAUCCUCACUUGGAGGGCUACGACUUCAGCAAGGUGGCAAACAUUCAGUUUGGCCGGGAGCUGGCCAGGCGGGAAGUAUCUAGCGGUGUAGUUUCCGUCUCACUGCAUCCCGGCACCAUCUAUACUCCGAUAUGGAAAAACUUCAUGACUGUUGACAAAGACUCGGUGUGGAUGAAAACUCUUUACUACACACUGUCUCCUUUAAUGUGGCUCUUUAUGAUAGACGAGGAAGCAGGCGCCCAGACGACCCUCCACUGCGCCCUGGAUGACUCGAUACCUCAGCUCUCUGGCAGCUACUUUGACAACAGCCAGGUGAUGGCGCCCUCAGCGCUCGCUGAGGAUGACGAGCUGGCCCGGCGAUUGUGGCAAGUCAGCUGCGAAGCCACCGGCUUGAAAUGCACCUCAACAAAUUGAUGUUUAUUUCUGCCAUGUACAAUGUAAAAGACCCAUUCCAAGACUAACCGUUUAACACUAACCGGACCGGGCAAUCAAAGGUUGCGCCCUGACCGAUUUAUACAAGUGUAACCGGGGAGAGUGGAAUUAGUUAGUUUUUAAAAUGUGGCACUCUCCUUAUGUCCGAGGGGUUCCACUAAAAAAUGAUUUGGGUAGAGCGAAUGUUUUCUGUUGUCUCACAAAUAUGAAAUGGUUUAUUUACAGUACAAAUAGAGACAAUAUAUAUACAAAUUAUUAGGUAUUUACACAAGAAUUAUAUUAGAAACUUGGUUGGGUGUAUAAAAACGACAGUCAAAAGGGAAAUGGGCUAAUGAAGUAGCUCCAAGGAUAUUAUCUGAAAUGCAUAAAAACAAUAAAUGUCUAAUGAAUUAUGGGAAUUACUGUGGCAUAAAAUGACUGUUGCCCAAAUGGAGAAUUAUUUAAAUGGCAAUUAUGCAAGAAUAUGGAUAUUUUAUGUACAUAUAAUGUAAUUUUAAAUCCGAAAAAUAGAAAUGAAUUAUUCGCCAAGUUAUGUUAUAAAAUGAAAUCAGAAUAUAAUACCAUGCCCUAAUAACAAAUUCCCGAAUGAUCAUAGCAAUAGAAAACUGAUAGUUUUGGGGAAAUGGGAAAAGUCUAUUUCAAAAGAUAAAUGAGAACGUAAAUAUUAUGGCAACACUAAAAUUUAAGUUGAAGUUAGCGUACUUGUGUUGCUCAUAAGUUCCAAUUUGUGUUUGUUUCAAAAGGAAAAUUUGAAGUUCACAAAAAUAAAGUGCUUAAUAACAUUGUUUUCCGAAAUGCCGAAAAAUAUUAAAAUAGUAAGAGAUUGUGUUAAAAUAAAUGGACGGUGUUUACCCGAAA